AUGCCCUUCACUUAUGGGGGCUCUGAGCAGCAACAAUCGAAACCCAGAUUCAGUUGCCGCGCAAUUCGAUCACACAUUUCAUUUCUUGACCCGAAACCGAGGGUUCGCAGAGAAAUUCACGCUCCGGUUAGGCUUCGAAGUUUAGGGUUCUUUUCUGGCACAGGUAGAGUCGAGGGCGUUGCAUUCCCUGCAAAAAUGGGCAACUGUUUCGGGGCUCUAUUUUCGUGCAGUAAUUUGAGUAAUGGCGCCGUAAAAUGUUUCGGCCUUUUUGAGAAAGACGAGGAGAAGGUUGGGUUUGAGAAUGCGGACAGGGAGAACUUAGUUGAUGGGUCGGAUGAUUCAAGUGUCGAAGAGGUUGAGGUUGUCGAUAUUUCAAGAAGUGAGUGGGUGAUAGGAUAUGGGGCCGUGAGUUUUAAGGAAGAACAGAAGUUUAAAAUGGUCGUGAAAGAUUCGCGAUUUACGGAGUUUUCUCUGAUUGAAGAUGUGAAUGCAUCGGUGCUGCCUGCUCACAAGAAGCUGUAUGAUUCGACGAAAUCAAGCGAUGAUAGGCCGAGUCAAUUGGACUUGGAUAUGGAGUACAAUGAGAAGUGCCUCCAGGGGUUACGGUUAUCUCGACCUCAGAAAAAAGACAGACAUGUUAGAAAGGAUCGGGUUGGCGAAUGUUUUGUGCCUAUUACGGAUGAGGAAGAAGAGUUGGUUGCUUCUGCAUUGUCGAAUUUCAAUUGGGAAAAGGUUGUGGUGAGCCAUGACAAUUCUAAUAUUGAUAUCUCAGGAGAGAAAUUGCAGUGUUUGAGGCUGCAAAAAUGGCUUAAUGAUGAGGUCAUUAAUUUGUAUCUCUAUUUGUUGAAAGAAAGGGAAGAAAGAGAGCCUCAGAAGUUUUUGAAAUGUCAUUUCUUUAAUACUUUCUUCUAUAAGAAGCUGAUAAGUGGAAUAGAUGGCUACAAUUUCCAAGCUGUUAGAAGAUGGACCACACAGAAGAAGCUCGGAUAUCACCUUUUAGAUUGUGAGAAAAUUUUUGUGCCUAUCCAUCAAGUAGCGCAUUGGUGUUUGGCAAUCAUCAAUAAUAAGGAUAAAAAGUUUGAGUAUCUCGAUUCACUCAAAGGUUUUGAUAGCCAAGUGAUGAGUGCACUAUCUAGGUACUAUGUUGAUGAGGUGAAGGAUAAAAUUGGAAAAGAUAUUGAUGUCAGUUCAUGGGAACAAGUAUUCGUCACAAACCUUCCAGAGCAAGAAAAUGGGUUCGACUGUGGAAUGUUCAUGAUCAAGUAUAUGGACUUCUAUAGUAGGGAUAUUGGACUAUGUUUUAACCAGAGUGACAUGCCAUAUUUUAGGAGACGGACGGCUAAGGAGAUCUUGAAGUUGAGAGCCGAGUGA